AUGAACUCACAAUCCAGCUCGCCAAUAGCUAAUGGAGCAAGAUAUGAUGCUGUCAUCACAAUUGUAGCGACAGACAAUAUCCAGACGACACCAUUGGAUUUGGACCAAAGAAUCCCGGAAACAAGAUGGCUUCUGCAUCCAUCAGCAGGAAACGAGUCUUGUUGCAUUUUCAAGGUACGUCAAUGCCUUGUGGAAAUAAACAACAAGACUUACCAGCCCCAUAUUGUCUCCAGUGGUCCAUAUCACUAUGGAGAUCAACGUUUGGAGAUGAUGCAGCAACACAAACGGAGAUUUCUUCACGAUCUACUUGCUCGAACAGCUUCAACCGGCCCAACACUUGAUCACUAUCGCCAGGUGGUAGCAGCAAUGGAAGAAGAUAUAAGACGGUGCUACUCGGAGACCAUCAGUUUAUGCAGUCAUGAUCUAAUUGAGAUGAUGGUGUUGGAUGGUCUCUUCACUAUUGAACUCUUUUGCAAAGUUGGAGAAUUGUCACCAAGUGAUCCAGACGAUCCCGUCUUUAACUUGGCAUGCGUAUUCGCUAAUAUCUUUCGAGAUCUUCUUCGUUUCGAGAAUCAAAUUCCUUUCUUCCUUCUUCAAAAACUAUUUGAUGAAUCAAAACCUUCAAGGAAACAUAGUGACUCAUCCUUAGCCAAACUUGCUUUAAAGUUCUUUACUUGUGCAGUAGAAACCCCUGAGCAAGUGUUAAAUCAGGACUUCACUACUGUUGAAGGAAACAUUUACUGGAUUUACUCCGCCGGAGUUUUAUCCCUGAACCCUAUGAUCAUUCACCUCAAGAAGAUCCUCCUCCGUCCAUUGAAUUUAUCCAGUCAGCCAAAAGCUUCGUCAAGCUGGAAUUAA